AUGGUCGUGAGUUGGUGUUCCGUGUUGCGGGUGGUGGUGGUGGUGCAGGCGGCGUGGGCGCUGGUCGCUGGUCAGGUGCGGUACUCUGUGCCGGAGGAAGCCAAGGCCGGGACGGUGGUGGGUCGUCUGUCGCAGGACCUGGGCCUGGAGGCGGGCGAUGCGGAGUCGCGGCGCCUGCGUCUGGUGUCGCAGGGCCGUCGUGCGAGCGUGGAGGUGAGCGGGGCGAGCGGGGCGCUGGUGGUGAGCUCGCGUCUGGACCGGGAGGAGCUGUGCGGGAAGAGCGCGCCGUGCGCCCUGCGCCUGGAGGUGCUGGUGGAGCGGCCGCUGCGCGUCUUCCACGUGGAGCUGGAGGUGACCGACAUCAACGACAACGCCCCGCUCUUCCCCGCCGCCCGCAAAAACCUCAGCAUCGUGGAAUUCAACACGCUGCCGGGGUCCCGGUUCCCGCUGGAGGGCGCGUCGGAUGCAGAUAUCGGAGCCAACGCGCAGCUCUCCUAUACACUCAGCCCCAGCGAGCAUUUUAAAAUAGAAGAAGAAAACAGUAACUCGCGCAGUAAAUCCCUGUUUCUGGUGCUCAGGAAACCGCUGGACCGCGAGACUUUGCCUGUGCACCGUUUAGUGUUGACGGCGAGUGACGGUGGCCGUCCGUCGCUGACGGGCACGAUGGAGCUGUUGAUCUCGGUGCUGGACGCCAACGACAAUGCGCCCCAGUUCAACCACUCCGUGUAUAAAGUGCAGCUGCAGGAGAAUGCUCCCCCGGGAACUGUGUUUCUGCAGCUAACAGCGACAGACAAUGAUGAGGGAAUUAAUCAGGAGGUAUAUUAUUCGUUUAGCGAUACGAUGCCUGCCAAAGUUCGGGACCUUUUCAUAAUUGAUAGAAAUUCCGGGGAAAUACGGACUGCCGGUGAACUGGAUUUUGAAGACGUACAGUCGUAUGACCUGGAGAUCGAAGCGAGAGACAAGGGGACGCCCCCGCUGUCGGGCCACUGCAGCGUGGAGCUGGAGGUGUUGGACGUGAACGACAAUGCGCCGGAGGUGUGGGUGACGUCGCUGUCGGUGCCGGUGUCGGAGGACGCGGCGGUGGGGACGGUGGUGGCGCUGCUGAGCGUGUCGGACCGGGACUCGGGGUCGAACGGGCGCGUGCGGUGCGCGGUGUGGCCGGCGUCGCCGUUCGGUCUGGUGUCGACGUUCGCGGGGUCGUACUCGCUGGUGCUGCGGGAGGCGCUGGACCGGGAGCGGGUGUCGGAGUACGAGGUGGAGGUGCGUGCGGAGGACGGCGGGUCGCCGCCGCUGCGCGCCAGUCGCGGGGUGCGUGUGCCGGUGUCGGACGUGAACGACAACGCGCCGGCGUUCGCGCAGGCGGUGUACACGGUGCUGGCGCGGGAGAACAACGCGGCGGGCGCGGAGCUGGCGCGUGUGUGGGCGCGGGACCCGGACGAGGCGGGCAACGGGCGCGUGAGCUACUCGGUGUGGGAGGGCGGUGUCGGGGGCGCGUCGUCGGGCGGGGGGUGGCGGUCGGCGUCGAGCUACGUGUCGGUGGACGCGGAGAGCGGGCGGCUGUGGGCGCUGCGGCCGUUGGACUACGAGGAGGUGCAGGUGCUGCAGUUCGAGGUGCGUGCGGUGGACGCGGGGGAGCCGUCGCUGUGCGGCAACGCCACGGUGCAGGUCUUCGUGGUGGACGAGAACGACAACGCGCCGGCGCUGCUGCCGGCGUCGGGCGGCGGCGCGUGGUCCGGGUCGUCGUCGGAGGCGGCGUCGGUGCCGGUGCCGGGGUCGGGGUCGGUGUGGGCGUGGGCGUGGGCGUCGUGGGGGACGCCGGCGGGGCAGGUGGUGGCGAAGAUCCGGGCGGUGGACGCGGACUCGGGCUACAACGCGUGGCUGCGCUACGAGCUGUGGGAGCCGCGGGGGAAGGGCCCGUUCCGCGUGGGGCUGUACAGCGGCGAGGUGAGCACGGCGCGGGCGCUGGAGGAGGCGGACGGCCCGCGGCAGCGGCUGGUGAUCGUGGUGCGUGACCACGGGGAGCCGUCGCUCUCGGCCACGGCCACGCUGAGCGUGUCGCUGGUGGAGGGCGGCGAGGCGGCGCUGGCGGCCGCGGGCUCGUCGUCGUCGUCGUCAUUGUCGGGGGUAGGGCUGCGUCCGGCGGAGGGCGGCGCGUCGGUGUCGUCGUCUGCGGCGACGAACGUGUGGCUGGUGGUGGCGAUCUGCGCGGUGUCGAGCCUGUUCCUGCUGGCGGUGGUGCUGUACGUGGCGUCGCGGUGGGCGCCGCGGGCGGCCGUGCUGUCGGGGCCCGGUGCGGCGACGCUGGUGUGCGCCAGCGAAGUGGGGAGCUGGUCGUACUCGCAGCGGCAGAGCCGGAGCCUGUGCGUGGCGGACGGCGCGGGCAAGAGCGACCUGAUGGUUUUCAGCCCCAACUUCCCGCCGCCGCCGGCGCCGCCGCCCGUCCCCGCGGCGAAGGAGACGCAUCCGGAGGCGCCCGCUCUCCUGGACACGAAUAAAGUGUUCAGGGAGGGGAGUGUGACCCAAGAAGUCUCUGAUAAUAUUAAAGGAAAUGUCCCUUGGAACCAAUUCUCCUGUCUUGAACAUGCUUGUUAUUCUGAAGAAGCAGCCAGUGCAUGCCUGCCUGAACGAGACAGCAAGAGCUUGCCAUUCAACGUGCAGGUGGAAAAUGAGGCCAGAGGAACAGCUCUUCCCUCAGAUACCAUCUUGGAGGAUUUUCAUGCUGGUCUGUGA